CUUUCUUCCCUGAGUGAGGGAGAGAACGCACGUCUUUGUCUCAGAAUACUCAACGAACUCUCGCGGUGUUCAGAGUAUCAUGGCCCCAAUCGAAACUCUCCUGCCCUCCGGGCCAUGGUGGCUAUAUGCCUCACUGGUCCUCAUAUCCUGGAUCAGCUUCACCGUCAUCCGUCGCCGAUACUUCCACCCUCUUUCCCACGUCCCCGGCCCGUUCCUUUGGUCGAUUUCCAACCUCCCGAUCCUCUACCACAAUGGCAUCAGAGAAGGACAACUGAUGCAUGUGCUGCCCAAGUUGCAUGCCAAGGCCCCAAUCCGCGCCCCGGUAUUACUAACCGUCAAGUCCAGCGACGAGCACCGAGUGCGCCGGGCGGCUCUCAACCCGUUCUUCUCUCGCAGGUCGGUGCUUGAGCUGGAGCAGCAGAUCAUCAAGACAAAGACGGAGAAGUUGUGCGGGAUGAUUAUUCAGACUUGUCUUUAUGAGCAUGAUGAGUCCCCCUGCUCAACAGAGGCGAAGGGAGAUAAGAAGGGGAAGGGGGGAACUGGGAAUAACAUCUUUGACAUGCACAACGCCAUCCGCGCUUACGCCGUGGAUAUCAUUACAGAAUACGCCUACGCCAACUACGACGCGUCGGAUUACCAGGAGGCUAUACGGGUUGUUCAGUUGCUGUUCCCGUGGUUCCAGACUUUUCCGGUCUUGAUGACACUGUUCGGUUGGAUCCCGGAUUGGUUCACAAUAACAGUAUUUCCGCCGUUCAAGAAGUGGAUUGAGAGUUUGGAGACGGUGCGUGUGGCCGUGACGAAAGUCCGGGGGGAGAUUGAAAUGGGAAUAAAGCCGGAUCGGAGGACGAUCUUUCAUGAGAUGAUUGAUCCAGAGCUGGACCCGUUGGCUGAUGAGGAUGUGAAGGGGAGGAAGUUUAGGACGCAGUUGUCGGAUGUCAUUGUCUUUUCGGACGCGGUGAAUGUGACGGGGGCGGGCGCUGAUACUACUGGGUCGACGAUCGGGAGGGCUAUUUUUGAGGUUGUCAACAGCCCGGAGAUCUAUGGUAAACUGAGGAAGGAGUUGCGGGAUGCUUUCCCGGAUGUGGAGUCUAUCAAUCUUCGGGCUUUGGAGAAGUUGCCGUAUCUGACGGGCGUGGUUAAGGAAGCGUUGAGACUCAACCCCGGCCUCCCAGGCCACCUCCCCCGCCUCGUCCUCUCCCCCGGCGCCACCUUCAACUCCGUCCCUCUCCCUCCAGGAACAUCCAUCUCCAUGUCCGCCUGGCUAAUGCACCACGACCCCGUGGCCUUCGGUACUGGACAAGAACCAACCGUCUUUGACCCAGAGCGAUGGAUACCUCACACCAGGGAAGAUGAAGAAAGAAUCCGUAUGCAGGAGCGGUGCAUGGUCCCCUUUGGCAAAGGAAGCAGGAACUGCUUGGGCCAGGCGCUGGCGAUGGCGGAGCUGUACUCGACUCUGGGCAACAUCUUUUGGCGGUUUGAUGAUUUGGUGGUGGAGGAAGGGAUGACGAGGGAGGAUUUGGGGUUGGUGGAGUUGUUUUUGGGGUAUCAUCCUAGGGGGGCGAGGAAAUUGAGGAUUUUGACGGGGAGGGAGGUGAGGUGAGGUGAGGUGUCGUAUUGGUAAGUACAACGCGUGAAUGGUGCUGGGUUAUGUGGUGACGGACUUGGAUGAAACCAUUCUGGCAAUGCAAAGGACCUGGUUGAGUCAAAGAAAGUACUGACCGGGCGUUACAUGUGGCCGGCAUGUUUGGAAUUUGUGUGAUAAGAGUAGGCCAUCUCGUUGUCGAGACGGGAGGCACGUGGUGCCGAAAUGCAAGGCGCUUGAGAAGGAGCGAUGGAGUUUAAGUUACUUGAGUAUUUGUUGUGAAUGUAAUGUGACUGAAAGGAGCCCAAACAAAUCUUGAAGAAGAGGAAACGAACUGAGAUAGCAUUUUGAAGUGCGUGGAUUGUGCUUGUUUGACCUGUUAUGAGUGAAGCCCAACUUCACCCACACUCGCUUGAUUUUAUCAAAGAGCUUAACUUGCCGUACCAUUCCUUUUGACUUGGCGCACCCAAUUUCACCUGGCAAAAAAGCAGGUCGUUUUCAAG